UUUUAUUGUUGAUUGGACGGAUCAUUUUGCUCCACGUCAAUCUCCCCUGCGUCCCUAUAAUUAUAUGCAGUGAGCCUCACUUCAUCUCCCUCUCUUUCUCUUCGACGCCUAUAUUUCGAUCAUCAAUUGAACCAGUGUCGUCUUGGUAUAACAACUUAAUUUCAAUGGAUUACAGGGUUGAUGGCAAUGUUAAUGGUGAUAUGGUGGGUAAUUCUGUUGAGAUGCAUAGUCAAGUAGGUGAUGGAGAUGACAUUGGUGGAAAUUCUGUUGACGUAACUUUUCACCAGGAUCAAGACAAUAAAAUGGAUCCUGAUUCUGUGGUAUUGGAUACAAUUCCACAGGGAGUACCAACUGUGUCAUUGACUUCGUCAGACGAGCCCUAUGUGGGACAGGAGUUUGAAUCUGAAGCUGCUGCACAUUCAUUUUAUAAUAGCUAUGCUACCCGUGUAGGAUUCGUCAUCCGUGUAAGUAAACUUUCUCGAUCAAGGCGUGAUGGAUCAGCUAUCGGUCGGGCACUUGUGUGUAACAAAGAAGGUUACAGAAUGCCUGACAAGCGUGAAAAGAUUGUAAGGCAAAGAGCAGAGACAAGGGUUGGUUGCAGGGCAAUGAUUUUGGUGAGGAAAGUGAGUUCAGGUAAAUGGGUUGUUACGAAGUUUGUGAAGGAGCACACUCAUCCCUUGACACCUGGCAAAGGUCGAAAAGAUUGCAUUUACGAGCAAUACCCGAAUGAACAUGACAAAAUUCGGGAGCUAUCACAACAGCUAGCGAUUGAGAAAAAAAGGGCGGCAACCUAUAAAAGGCACCUGGAAAUGAUUUUUGAGCAGAUAGAGGAGCACAACGAGAGUUUGUCAAAGAAAAUCCAACACAUAGUUGAUAGUGUAAAGGAGAUAGAAGACAAAGAGCAGAGUACUUUAUAGUUUCAGCAAUCUUCACUCUGUUUUGUUCAAAUACAAUCCAAUCUGGUACACAGAAUGCUGUGCAACAGUCAGUACUUACUUUUCUUUUGUCUUUCUAGGAAUUCAGGUAGUCCCCCAUUUCCUUAGAAAUGUUUGAGAGGCAUUUAUAGGACUUGUAUAAUUAUGCUCCAUUUGUUCGGAGCUUAUCAUGUACAUUCAUUUCGAGCCCAUCGUUUGCCUUCUGUGUCGAUGGCACUGAGACUCUUGGGCAUCAAGAAUUUCCCAGAAGGUUAAAAUUAUUUUAUUGCCCUCUCAUGUCCAUUUGGUGAAGGUUUGAUAUUUAUAGCAUUCACAGGAUUGUAUCUCA